CAUUUACUUCCCAAACACCCUGAUAUUAUACCCUCCUUUUCCUAGGAUCGGUGAUCCAUGUUGCAAUAUGCCUAAGUACCUCCUCAGUGUCUUGAUUGUAACUUUGUGCUCCGCGCUACCGGUGGUGGCUGGGUCCGUGCUUGCUUAUGUUGACUUAAGCUCUGGUCGGGGCAAAGGGUACCAAACAACUAGCGGUGAGGCCAAGACGAGCACCGAAGGAGAAGAUACGGGUAGAAUCCAAGAUGAAGGCAGCCAAGAUGAAGGCAGCCAAGAUGAAAGGAGUCAAGAGAAAGGGACGGAAGCUGUGUGUGAAAUCAAGACACAGGAACGGUUGCGUAUCCUCAUGGAUGAAAUAUUACUCGGAUAUGCACUGAGCAACUUCUUCUCACACCACAGCGCACCAAGCUUUUUCAUAAUCUAUGCACACGACAAUUCUGAAUAUGGCAAGGCUGAUGGUCGCACGAUCCGCGAAUUCAUCCGUUACUUCGAGCAAAUGAAGGCAAAAACACGUUCUGACCGAUCUCAAGACCUAGAAGGCAGGGCAAAGCACAACAUCUUCGACAAUCAAUCGUGUCUUCUUCCCAAAAGAGUUGCCACAGAUCCCGUUGACAAAGUGCUCUUGUGCCACUCUGAAGUCCUCUCAAACUAUUGUGCGGAUAAUGCGGGUCGCGAAUUCAUGUCCAAGCUGAAACACACCGGCAAGGAUCUUCUGGACCUGCUGUAUCACGGUAAUAAUGAUGAUCUCAAUACUCAGCAAGUAGGCACAGAUUAUCAACAGGAUUUGAAGGAGCUUGUCGAAAAUCGCUGCUACGAGGCGGGAUUCCAUCAUGUUCUAACCGAGCUUGCUUUUGUGGAGUUGCGAGCCUCCUAUGACCACAACAGUACCAGCAUCAUUCCUGUUUCGCUUCGUGGCGGAAGCAAAGCAAUUUUUAAAGAUCUCCCAUAUCUGGAGAAAACAACACAUUGCCUCAACAUGAAACAUUGCUGGGGUCCAGGCAGAUUCCAACAACAGCAGAAGUUCUUCCUUACACUUCUGAAGAGAAUUUAUAGCGGCAUGCCGCACGUGAUCACGUUUAUCAAUGAUCACUAUGAUACCGGAAGUGCAAACAUCAAGGAUAACCUGAACAUACCAAUCGAAGAGUUCCGACGGCACCUUCGUUGGGAAGUAUCCGAAGAGCUGAGGCGCUCUCUAAAACAUGGACCUUUUGAAGUGCCAAAGCGUUCCCUUACUGAUUACAUCGAACCCUGGACGAAGGGAGAGGCUACCGACCAACGCACUCCAGAUAUUGACAUGCCAAUUGAGCAUGAUAAAUCAUCUUCUAAUCGCAUUCCGAGAUGGCUCCUCGUUUCACCAGAUCAAAAGCAAAAGCGAAUAUUGGGUCUCUUAGGCUUUCCAGAAAUGCGAUACCGAAUUGAUGAGCUGCACGAGGCAGAUUCAGAAACAUUGGCCUGGGUAGAAACCCAUCCGUCCUAUCAGAAGUGGAUUCACAAUGACUCAGGAAUGCUGGGGAUCCGUGGAGUACCCGGCUGUGGUAAAUCCACUGUCAUGAAGUAUAUUCUCACCAAAUUGCAACCCCAAAACAAGCAAACUCAUCUGCAUCUAUAUUUCUUCUUUUGGCAAGCAGGUCACGCUCUACAGUCUUCUAGAAUGGGGUUCUACAGAGCACUACUCUACCAGUUAUUGCGCAAAGUUCCAGCCGUGGGCUUCGAUUACUGGGAGAUGAUGGACAAAGAGGACAGGUCGAAUGCACCUCGAAUAUUGAGCCUAGAUGAGUUGCAAACUCAGUUUCUAGCCGCUUUAACGAAUGCCUGCGAAGUAUUUCGGGUCAGAAUAUUCGUCGACGCCCUCGACGAAGUUGGACACGACGAGGCGCGCAAAAUUGUUGCUGACCUUCGCAAGCUGAACAAAUUGGCAAAUCGAUGGAAAAAUCCUCUCAGCAUCUGCUAUAGCUGCAGGUACUAUCCUGCAAUCAUUGUUGACAACGGUCUCCAGAUACGAGUAGAGGAAUGCAACGAAAACGAUAUUCAAAAUUACGUUGACAAACAACUCUACUUAUUGGAAAUAGAAGAAGCCCAGAGAUACGAGUUGCGGCGCAUGAUCUUAAGCAAAGCCUCCGGCAUGUUCCUUUACGCCAAACUUAUCAUGUACCGACUGAAACAAUCCUUCGACUACGGCUACAACACUCGAGAACUGUUCGAAAUUGUUGAAGGUGUUCCAGAGGAUCUUGCAAACUUUUACAGUGCCAUCUUAUCAAGAGCUCUAAAUCUUGAACUUGAUGCAGAGAAAUGGCAAGAUUUCAUCAUUGCAAUUAUGCAAUACGUUGCUGUUGCCACACGACCUUUCACGAUAACGGAAAUGAGGUAUGCACUCGCCUCGGAUGAGAUGUUCAUGAUCACUGGCGUCGAAUCAUGCGAAAGUUCCGCGGGAUUCAUUGCAGACAACUCAAAAAUGUCCUAUCUUGUCCAAAAGUAUAGUGGGGGACUGUUGCAAGUCGUCGAACAGGAAGAUCAUGAAGGUGGAACGUGUUCUGUCAUUCAACCUUUGCACCAAACCGUUGCAGGAUACAUCGCUAGUCCAAACAUGCUGCGCGGUUUGAAAAGACAAGAUCGCUCGCUGGGGUUUUCAGACUCGGAAUGGGUCGGAAAGAGUCAUGAAAGGCUUGCGCGAUGUUGUUACCACUACAUCAGGCUCGAGCAUCUACGAUGGGAUGGCAAGACCAACAAAGAAAUCCUGGACGCACCGUUCUGUGAUUAUGCAGUACAUCAAUGGUUCGAACACGUAGCUCGUGCAGCUGACUACGGAGUUUCACAGUCGUAUAUGAAUCAAAGAGUUGGGCCAGAGGCUGGGAAAGAAGCCCGGGUCUUACUGAAUCAUUGGGAGUCUGCUCUAGGACGUGAAACACUCCGUAAACGCGGACUGACGCCAAAUCCGACCCUAAUCGACAUAUCGCACGCUUUCAAGUUCAAGGUUUAGACAUGGCUUUCUAGAUUUUGAUGCACUACGGCAAUCGUACAUGAAUACCUAUGAUAACUAGAACACUCAGGCACGUAGGGUCAGAAAGAGAAAUGAUCCAUAGAAUGAACGGAGAGCAUUCACUGAAUUCAAGACAGAAUAUAUUUUCGGGGCUUCAUGGAUGGGAUUCCGUUGGUGGUGUCUCAUGAAGCAUUGUGUAGCGUGGUGGAAUUCCCUGACGUUUACCAAGUCUCUCUUAGUCGAGGGAUAUGAUAAUAGAUUUGCGUCAUACAUGAGACCUUGUCCUUAGUGAAACAUCUAAGUCAUAAAGUAGCGCUAGAAGCAUCUAAGCUCGUCAACAGUUUCAGAGAUAAGUAGACACAGACCACGUGCCACGGGUAGGAAUAUACGG